UUAUACGCUUUAUUUUUAUUUUAUCCAUCAUGGUUUUUUAAUUUCCAUUCUUUCAUCACUUUUGGUGUCUGCAAAUGUGUAUUUAUUAGCUUCUGCAUUUGAGGCAUGCUAAAUCUAAAUCAAACAUAUGUAGCUCUAGCAGAUGAUAUUAUUUGUAUCAUUGUUCCAAUUUUUUAUUAAAAAAAUCCGGGUUAGUAUUGUUAUUAAUUAUUUCAUUGCUUGCUUGGUUGAAUUGAAUGUGCUGAUUUUCUGUAAGUUAAUGUGUAACAUUGAUGUUUUUGUUUGAUGUUGCCCUGGCCUCUCAUGAUUUAUAUUUUUUAGUGAAAAUGACAUAUGGUUUUAUUGGACUUGCUUUUGGGUUUGUAACGAAAUUUCAACUUAGUGUGUUGUGUUUUAUACUUUUAUUAUUAUCAGAAAAUUGCGACGUGGUGUGAGGACCAGCAGUGCAAUUUUCCUUCUACAAGUUGCGGUUGUGGAUGUGUUGCUGAGAUGUUCACACAUUUUCUGUCUUUUUCUGCUUGGUUCCAAUAGGGAUCUUCCUCCUCAUCGACAUUCAAUUAACCCCAUUUUUCGUAUUCUUACAAACGCCUCAUAUUUAAAUAUUAACUGCCAAAUAAAUGUCAGUGACUGGUUCCAUAUUUAAGAAGUUGUGCUUCCAAAGUCCAGAAGAAUACGCAAGUGUGUUUUUGGGUUCUGUUUUGGUCUUUUGAUCAAAAACAAUGAAGGCGAGGAGAGGAAAACGUUCUGAGGCCUUCUGGCCUUCCAUUGUGAUGAAGAAAUGGUUGAACAUCAAGCCUAAGGUCAAUGAUUUUAGUGAAGAUGAAGUGGACACUGAAACUGAGAGUGAAGAUGAUGCUUGCUCUCUUAGAGGCUCAAGAUUGAGUGUGGGUGAAGAUAAUCCACUUAGAACAGAAGGGAUUCAAUCCAUAUUCCCAAGUCAAACAUCAGUUGCAUCUUAUAAGGGCCACAAGACAAGACAUAGAAGAGGAAAAUCAGAAACUCUGCGUGCUCAGUACAUUGACACGAAGGAAGUGAGGGUUACAAUUGGCACUUGGAAUGUUGCUGGAAGACAUCCAUGUGAGGAUCUUGAGAUUGAUGACUGGCUUUGUACUGAAGAGCCAGCUGAUAUUUACAUUCUUGGUUUCCAGGAGGUGGUUCCACUGAAUGCUGGAAAUGUUCUAGGCGCUGAAGAUAAUACACCUAUACCAAAAUGGGAGGCAAUCAUUCGAAGAUCUCUAAACAAAUCUUCUGAGCCUGACAGUAAACACAAAAGCUACAGUGCCCCUCCUUCUCCAGUGUUAAGAACUUCUUCUGCGGCUGAUAUUCUAGCAGACACUAUAGAUGCUGAUAAUCCAAUUGAUAUGAUGAUUGAGGAGUAUGUAGCAACCGUUGACAAUAAUGAAGUGGAACAACAAGAAGUGAAAAACAUAAUUGAUAUAGAGAAUAACUUACAGUUAAGGAGAAUAUAUGGCAUUGAUAUUAACUGGCCUGAGCGUUCAUUAGAUGCAGUCCCCCAAAUUAUUGAUUCCAAUUCAAAGUUGCGGAGAGUACUAAGCAGCUCAGCCAGAAUUGGCUUUAACAGAAGUGAGAGUACUUUGAUAUAUGGUGUUGGACUGAAACGUUCACACCACAGUUCUGGAAAUUUGGGCUUGUUAUGGGAUGAACAGCAAGUGAUACCUGAAGUUGUUGAUGUCUCUGAAGUGUUGUCAGCUGAGGAUGAUGAUGCUUUUAAUGAAUUACCUAAUAACCAAGAUGAUAAUGAAUUAGGUACCAUGAAAUCAUGUCAAAGUCCAAGGUAUGUCCGGAUUGUGAGCAAGCAAAUGGUAGGGAUAUAUGUAUCUGUUUGGGUGCAGAGGAGGUUGAGAAGGCACAUUAAUAAUUUGAGUGUUUCCCCGGUUGGAGUUGGACUUAUGGGCUACAUGGGAAACAAGGGGUCGGUUUCGAUUAGUAUGUCUCUCUUUCAGUCACGUCUGUGCUUUGUGUGUUCCCAUCUGACUUCUGGUCAGAAGGGAGGGGCUGAACAUAGGCGAAACUCUGAUGUUAAUGAAAUUCUGAGACGCACUUGCUUCUCAUCUGUCUUUGAUGCAGAUCAACCACAAACAAUUCCAUCUCAUGACCAGAUUUUCUGGUUUGGGGAUUUGAAUUAUCGUAUCAAUAUGUUGGAUUCUGAGGUCAGAAAAUUGGUGGCUCUAAAGAAGUGGGAUGAGCUCAUGAAUAAUGAUCAGCUAAGCAAAGAAUUGCGUAUUGGGCAUGUAUUUGAUGGAUGGAAAGAGGGGUUGAUAAACUUCCCACCCACUUACAAGUAUGAGAUUAACUCUGAUAGAUAUGUCGGUGAGAGCCCAAAAGAAGGUGAAAAAAAGAGAUCUCCAGCCUGGUGUGAUCGUAUAUUGUGGCUAGGAAAAGGAAUAAAACAACUACAAUAUGGACGUGCAGAAAUUAAGCUCUCUGAUCAUAGACCAGUUAGUUCAAUCUUCUUGGUUGAAGUUGAAGUAUUUGACCAUCGCAAACUAAAGAGAGCUUUAAAUUUCACUAGUGCAGCAGUACACCCAGAGAUCUUUCUUGAUGAAGAUGGAGAAAUAUAAUCAUAUUAGACAUUCAUUGAAGUACAAUCAUAUUAUAACCGGGUGUUAAAAUCUUGGCUCUUUUUGAAGUAAUGUUGCGAAUGUGAGACAACCGAACUGUUAUACUCUUUUCUAAACUGAGCUUCAAGGUGUCAAAUUCAAGGAAUACACUUCUAAGCAGAAUGAAGCCUCCUUUGAGAUUAACUGGGAUAUCAAGAAUUUUGCUAAUCUAAGUUGCAUAGGAAACCAUUAAACUGUAUAUAGUCAUACAAAAGGAUGAUUAUAGGAUUUUUUUUUUUUAAUCCCUAUUCGAUUUUGGCCUCAUCAGUUGUGCUUCCCAUUUAUUUUAUCUUUUGGGCAAUAAACAUUGGUGUGGGUGGUUUUUCUGUAACAGUACACAAGUUCUAUGUAAACUCAUUGAUUUGAUUUGA